CAGAUACGCAAAGUUCAUCUUUAGUUGUCAUUUGCGUUUAUUUUCAUUAAAAUAUAACAAUUCAACUUGUAUUUUUUGUUGUAAAAUAUUCAAUUAAAUUUGUUUUUGAAGUAUGGACAGUGGAGCUGAUAAAAAUGCUCCAGCUGGUGAUGGACAACAAGACGACAACAUCGUGAACGAGCAACCAAUCGAAAUAAGCUCAGAUUCCAGCAAUGGCGCCAGGAGUGUGGGGGAGGAUGAGGAGGAGGUGUUUGAGAGCGGCAGUGAACGAGAUUUGGAUUCGGACAGUGAUAUUAGUAUUAUUAAUUCAGUGAGCGAUAGCAGUGAAUCACAUAAUGAUGAAAGGCUGGAGGAUGAAUUUCAAACCAUAUUGUCGAUGCCAUUCAAGGAAUACAAAUUGUACAUGCAACUCUGCCACACAGCAUUCAAAUUAAAUGUGUUUGAGAAAAUCGAUGUGGCGAUCAGUGAAUUUGAAAAGUAUGCCACAAUACCAUCGCAUAUUUGGCUGCGCUACCUGAAGACGCUCCAAGUGGUGACACAGACGCCUCAGGAGCACGAAGUGUUCCAAAGCAAAUGCCGCUUGGCGCUGAGCAGCUACUAUGAUGAUCAACUUGCUGAGUUCAUUGUCAAGAGCUUGGAGCAGCAACCACUUGUGGAUCAUGGCGAGAUGUGGGCCAAGUUGUUGGCUGAUUAUGGCUUGGAACGUGUCGAUUUCAUUGAAAAAUCAAGGGCUCUACUCCGUGGAAUUACGGAUAAAGCUCAGGCGGAGCAGAUGGAGCAAAUGUUGAGUUCCCAGUGCGUCAAUUGGAAUUGCAAUGAGGAGCAAUUGCAGGAAAUGCAACAAUUAAUCAAUGAAUUCAAGCAGAAACUAAAGAACAGCACAGAGAAUACAUCAUAUCUGCAGGAAAUGUUUAUUCUAAGAAUCGAUACCUUAACACUGGACAGGAAUAUAAAGAUCACACUGGCCAAAAUCAUCUAUGAACGUUGCCUGACCAAAUAUCCCUCAGACAGUGGCCUCUGGCUGGAUUAUCUAGCCUAUAUGCAAAAGCCACUGCAGUCCCCAAAUACUGAUGGUGAUAAUGCAUCCAAGAAUGGCCAAUACAUGCAAGUCCAUGAUGGCUAUCUGAAGAGCCGGCCAUUGGAGCUCAUCAAACGGGCAUUGCAGUCCAAGCCAAGUGUUCAACUGAACCACAAGUAUCUGCAGUUGAUGGAACUGCAGCAGCUCAGCCUGGAGCAGAUCGAUGACGAGCUGAGGAGUCACUUUAAUCGCAUUGAACGAUACAUGGAAAUGACUGUGGAGCUGCAACUGGAUUAUCUGGCUUAUCGGGUGCGUCACACCAACGUCGAGGAUGAACAGCAGGUUGAUGCACUACGCGCUGCAUUCCGACGUGUGUGGGAUCGAUUGUCCGAGCAGUACGGCGAUUUGGCGGACACGGGAUACGAAGUGCUGCAGCUGUGGGCGCUGGUCGAGUAUGCCCAACUGAAGAGUCCCAGUAAUGGCGCCGACAUCUGGUCCGAAAUAUUCAGUUAUCCGGGCAGCAGCGAUAAGAGUCAUCUGUGGCUGGCCUAUGCCCAGAUGGAGGGUGAAUACAAUGCUGGACUUAAAAUACGCACUGUUCUGCAGCAGGCAUUAAUGUCGCUGCCGGCAAAUGCUGAGGGAAUAAGCCAUCUAUAUCGUCGCUAUGAACGCUGUUUUGGCAACUGCGAUACAAUUGCCGAUUGCCAGGCAUAUUGCCAGCAAAUCCAGGAGAGCAACUUAAUGCCAGGAGGACGUCCGCAACGUGGAACAACGUAUGCGCAAGGCAGGCGACAACAGACGCAGUUCCAGGAUAAACCAGGUCGCAAGCAUUUACCAACUGGCCCCGCAAAGAAUCCAUUUCGACCGGUGAAAAAGGAAUUACCAGCUGCCAAAAAGCCAAUACCGCCAGCCAAGAAAAAUGUACAAAAAAAGAAACCAGCUGCCGAUGAAUCCAAAGCACCCAAUUUCAAAUACGCCCCACAUUUGGAAGCUAAUAAAAUAUUUAUUAAGAAUCUGUAUGCUCAGUGCAGCAAGGAGGAUUUAACGCAGGCAUUCCAAGCAUUUGGCACCAUCAAGGAUAUCCGUUUGGUCUACAGACAUAAUCAAAAAUUCAAAGGCAUUGCAUACAUUGAAUUUGAGCAGCCGGAUCAGGCAUUAAAGGCGGUCGCUGGUGGCGAUGGACUGGACAUAGGUGGACAGGCGAUUGUGGUUGCCAUUUCGAAUCCGCCGGUUAAAGGCGCCGCUGGCUCAGCAUCCACAGCAGCCGCGGGAACGGGAGCAGGAGCCGGAUCAGGAUCAGGAUCCGGAUCAGGAUUAAUGGCUAGAAAAGCGGAAAAGCGUCGCUUUCCCACAUCGCUGAUACCCACAAAGCUGGUCAUGCUGGAUAUGAAGAGACGCAGGAAGCUUGAAUUGGAUGAGGAUGCGACGGAUGCCAAUGGCAAAUCCACUGAUGCCAAUGGCAAUGCUAAUGCUAAUGAGACAGCCAAUGAAGCCGCAGCAACAACUGCACCCAAAUCAAAUGAUGACUUUCGCAAGCUCUUUAAUAUCUAAGUUAAACAUAGGAAAUUAACGUUGUUGAAUGCAUGAAAUUUGCUACUUAAUCUAACUAAAUGAUAGGCUAGACUUAAAGUUAAUACACACACACACCUUCAUAUAUAAUAUACACUUACACAACUUAGAGCAGGACAACAACACAUGCUUAUAAACCAAUUUUAAAACCCACAAAUGUUAAAUGAAAAACCCCCUGUUUAUAUGUAGAUAUACUUACAUAUAUACGUGUAUGCAUGUAUUUAUAUAUUAUUAUAUAUAUUGUCUACAUACUGUAUUCAUUUUAAGACAGAUUGCGAAUUUUAAUCAUGUGUUGUUUGGCAACUUUGUGACCUAUCUGAAUAAAGUGUAGUUCUUUUUUUUUAUGUAAA